AACACAGUUACCUGUAGUAAAAAUUAUUAAAUGUUAGUUUGAGCACGGUUCUAAAGAAACUUUGUCAGAAUAUCUGGGGAAGCGACUCAGAAUCUUUAACAUCUAGAAGAUAUGGUCGAAAAUAAAAAUGAAUUGAGGAGAAUUGCCAAUUGGGAGAAAGAUCAAGGGGAUUGACUAACUUUGUAAACGAACGGCUCAAAUAACACAUUUAAAAGUCAGCCUUAAAUAAUCUAAACCGUUGAUUAUGAUCGAACGAAUGAAAACAGUAUUUGUGUUACAUAGUUAUUGCACCGGAUCAGUUUCCCAUAUUUAACCCUAACAAAUUAUUCAUUUUGACCAGAAGUAGAAGUUAGUAGUAAUUCUUUUUCAACCUGCCAUGGCUUCUGAACAACCACAAAAAACGAUUCCUCUCAGAAUCUUUGUUGACAGAGAAAACAACAAAGUUGUCGUUGUAGAAUCAACAAAAGACUUUGUUGACACUCUCUUCAGCUUCCUAUCUCUUCCACUUGCCACCAUCAUUCGCUUAUUAACCACCAACAAUGAACAACAACAACAACAAUCCAACAAUGAUGAAGAAUCAUCACCAUCAUCAUCAUCAUUUCUUGGAAACAUCAAGAAUCUCUACGAAAGCGUACAAAACCUCACCCCAAAUGAUGUUUGGAACCCUGUAUGCAAACAAAUGCUAUUGAAUCCCAAGAAUCCAUGUGAAUCACUAUGCACGAAGCUGUUCUUGAAUAUUGAUGACACUGACAUGUCAAGUAAGUUUUUUGUGUGUGAUUCUUGUAACAAGUUUACAACUUUUCAGAAUCUUGAUUGUACUUGUGGAAAACCCAUUAAUAGACAGCCUAAGAAUUUGGAUUCUGAGGGUCAAGGGAGUGGUGGUAGUGUGCAUGCCUCAAAUGGGGUUUUUGUGAAAGAAAAUGGAUCAUUGUUUUUGGUGUUUGAUGAUUUGAAGAUUGUGCCUAGUUCUAUGGUGACUUCCAUGCAGUUGUUGACGGAAUUGGGGUAUUCUGAUUUGACUCAACUAGAGGAAGUCACACACAACAUUGGAAAACAAGAGAUACUGAACCUACUCAAGUACACCUUAACCUCUCACGAGCCUCUGACAAAUACAAUUUUGAAAAGUAGCUCUAAGAACAAAGACAAGUCACCAAACCAGUUUGCAUCAGCGGUCAGAGUAAAAGCUUGCACCAGUGACAUUAAAAUGGAUGUUAAGCUAGUACGAAGUAAAUCUCAGAAAAAGAUAAUCUUUGCAGAAGCCAGUGAAAACUUUGUUGACUUCAUGUUUAGCUUCCUUACGAUACCAUUAGGGUCCGUUGUAAAGGUUUUGGAUGGUAACUCUUUUGUUGGAUGUGUUGAUAAUUUGUACAAGAGUGUAGAGAACUUGGACUCUUCACGGUGUACGGACUCGCGCUCUGUGUUACUCAAUCCUGGUGUUGCACCACAGUUUGGUUGUCCAAACCAGCCCCUCAACAUUCCUCAUGUACAGACACCCGCCACUACAUAUUAUUAUGGUACAGGAACACUAAAGGAAGAGAGAGAUAAUUGUUAUAGUAGUGUUUAUUAUAAUACAAUAGUAGUACCGGUGGUGGAAGGGGUGAUUUCUAAGACAACCGGAUCAGUUUCCAAUGCAAAAGCCUUGACUGCAAUGGAUCCAAGAUCCCCCAACAAGUCGAUAAAAGAUGUGAUGGGAUUUGUGAAGAGACCCGCAUUAUAUGGUGUAGGAGACGAUCUACAAGUAAAAUCACUUUCUGCUAAUUCUUGCCUUGCAUAUUUAAAAGAAUUCAGCUUUCCCCUUGAUGAUCUUGAAGUGAAGGCGAUAAGCAUUGGUGAAGCCGAGGCUUUGAGCAUCCUUGCAGCUUCCUUGACAUCAAAAUCUACACUGACUAGUGGACUAGAAGACUUUUUUAAUGUGCCCAAACAAGAUUCAAAACUGACCUCAAAGUAUAUUCAAACUAGUAGGCUUGAUGAGCUUGCAAAGGAACCUAAACCAGAAAACUGAAUUAUUAUUCAGUUCCAGUUUCAACCUUUGUUUUGAACAGUAGAUAUAGAUGAUUUUGGACUUUGGUUGGUAAUAUCAGUAGUUUAUGGUUUCCACUUACCUAUUAGUGUUCUGGUUUUCUCUAUUCAGUUUUAUGGACUCAAUGGUGAAAUACUUCAUAACUACAACUAAUAAUAUUAAUAGUAAAUAUGAGUAGCA